AUGUCAAUCAGUCUGUCAGUGUCACACGCGUUCGUUUGACUAUUCUGUUAUUUUCUUUCCCACUUGGAUUUUGUUUGGGUCAGAAUUUUAAUUAAUAAGAAUUUAUUCACAUUUUAUCUGCAAAUUUGAUAAAUAGUCAGUGGACGUCACUGACUUUGGCACGAUGCUACGAAGUCUUGUUGAGUAUUAUGCUGAACAUGAGCAUUAUAGAUGUGGCUAUUGUAAGCGCCCUGAUACUAAUUAUAGCCAUGGUAUGUGGGCUCAUGCUAUGACCGUGAGUGAUUAUCAGGAUUUAAUUGAUAGAGGAUGGAGGCGUUCAGGAAAAUAUUGUUAUAAGCCAACCAUGGACGUAACUUGUUGCCCUAUGUACACUAUACGAUGCAGGGCCUUAGAAUUCAAACCUUCAAAGUCACAAAAAAAGGUAUUGAAGCGGGUGAACAAGUUGUUAAUUGGUCAAGAUGGCCCCGACCCAUCACCCGAGAGUGGACGCAAGAUGUCAACUGGCAGCAGUGGUAGUGAAGUCUUAGCUGAAGGGUUUGAGGAAGGCGGGGAGCAGUUCAUCGAGACCAUGAGGGAACAUCAAGAUAUUAACUUGGAUAUGGUUAAAAAUAGCGAAGCUUUAGAUUGCUCGGGAGAUGAAGUUGGAGAUAGCACGGUUCAUAAGGAUGUAAUGAAAAAUGUUCAGCUUGAUUCUGUUGUACCUCCUCAAGAGAAAAUAAUUAAAAAAGACUCCGGCCCUGAUCCCAAUAAAGCACCCUGUAAAAAAGCCAAACAGUUGAGGAGAGAGCGAAAGUUGGAAAAACUCAAAGAGAAGGGUAUUGAAGUAUUACCUGUAAGCCCCCGCAAAAACAAAGAAAAACAAAUUGAAGACUUUAUAAACGAGUUGCCUGAUGAUGUCAAGCAUAAACUAGAGAUAAAAUUAGUAAGAACUUCACCGCCGAGUCCCGAAUGGUUAGCAACGGCUAAAGAGACCCAUGAAGUGUACGUCAAGUAUCAAAUGACAAUUCAUAAUGAUAAGCCAGAUAAAUGUACAGAACCAAAGUUCAAAGACUUUUUGGUGCAAAGUCCGUUAUUGGAAGAGCAUAGAGAGAAUGGACCUCGGUGCGGCUACGGGUCGUUCCACCAGCAAUACUGGCUGGACGGCAAGUUGAUAGCCGUGGGAGUUAUAGACAUUCUGCCUAAGUGCGUUUCUUCUGUUUACUUCUUCUAUGACCCACAGUAUAUGCACCUUACGCUAGGAACCUAUGGAGCUUUGAGGGAGAUUGAAUUCACAAGAAGCAUGCAUUCGCAGUGCCCGCAAAUCGAGUAUUAUUACAUGGGAUACUACAUUCAUUCUUGCUGCAAAAUGAGGUAUAAGGGAAACUUUUAUCCUUCUGAUCUAGCGUGCCCAGAAACUUACAAAUGGUUUCCACUAUUAGAAUGUAUUCCUAAGCUAGAGGCUUCGCCGUAUUCAAGGUUGGACCCUGAUAUAGAUAGUGUAGAUGAAAAUUUCCCUAAAGAAAGCGAUUUGAACUAUAUUCCGAUGUGGGUGAAUGGUGCUGUGAUGUUGUAUAAAGCUUAUAAGAGACAUGCAGCUGGUAAGAAGAAUGCAAACAAAGUGAAUGAACUCAUUGAGUAUUCGCGUCUAGUCGGCGCUAAAUCAGCUAAGAGUCUAAUAUUAGUUCGGUAGAUGUACACAAAAGCCAAUCUUCUCCUGUGUUAAGAAAAUUACAAGUGUCUUUUCUUUCAUGAAUGUUUUUGAAGCCCUUAUGAAGAGUGUAACUUAAAAGUGAUCUAAUCGACACCAAUUUUAAACACUAUAUAUACAACUAUUCUAGUUCAAUACCUCGCUUUUGCAAUAAUACAACCUCUGUUGAAGAUUUGAACAGCUAUUUAGGCAGUUACAUAAUUAAAAUUUUAUAGAUUAUCGAAGCAAAUAUUAUAGACCUUGCCGUCAUACGAUACCCUUGUUACCUAAUCUAUCCGUUGUUUUGAGAACUGGAGAUUGAAUUUUGACUUUAGCUUCAUAUAAAAACUCUAAUCGAAAACAAUGGAUGGAACGGUAUUUGUAAUACUAUGCUUUUAUUAUUUGUACGGCGAAUAGUUGAAUAAGACCUUGAAAAGGGAAUGGCUGUCACACUAUAAGCUUGCUCAAACAUCCUGUCAAGUGAAUGUUAAGCUAUAUUACAUGUGCAUCAAUAAAUAAUACGUUACAUGUGUAAUAUUGUUAUUGAUUAAUACAUCAAGGCCCAAGUUCAACGUCACUCUUCUUAAAACAAUUGUUUUCUAUGAAUUAUCAAAGUAAACAGUAGUUUUAAGAAAAAUGGACCUUUAUGUUGCUGAUAAACUUGGGCCUAGAAUGUAGACGCAAAGCUUCGUAGCUACAAGGAAGUGACACAGUGGCCCUGAUAGAAAAUAUAUUUAGGUAAAUAUAGAGAAGUUGUCUUGUUAUAAAAAUAUAUAAAUAUUAUUUUUAUAUAUGUAGUAUCGCAUCACAACGUUAAAUAAAUAGAAAGAAGAAUAUUUUUAGUACUGCUCUGAAUAGCUUUUUGGCCUACAAGUCCUUUUUUACGCAUGGCAACAUUGCAUGUGCACAUAAACUUGCCAGUAAAAAUAAAUAUUAAUAAGUAACCAGUAAAUCCGGAUAUCAUUUUAAUUAAUUUAAUGUGUAUUUUAUUGUUUUAAACAAUAAGGAAUAUUGUUAUUUUUAAUAACCCACCUAAUAACAGGAACUAUCUUAUACUACAUUGUACUUAAUGGCUUUAUGUUUAAUUAAAUAAUUUACUAGUCAUGUUAACAUCCUUUAGAUUACCUACGUUUCUAGAUGAGGUUACUUGCAAUGAAUUACAUCUAUUUUAAUGA